UGGUAGACACUAAACCCGACAAACACAUAAGCCUUUCCCAUUCUAUUCUCUCACUCGCAUUCACGUAGGCCAGCACUGCCAUCAAUGACGGAGCCACCGCCUCCACCACCUUUACCUACAACAGAGUCGCUCAUUAGGCGCUACAAGCCCGUUUGGCGUUUCUUCUUGAUCUUCAAUCUCGCUCUUGGAGCUUACAUUUUUGCGGGAGCAAGAAAAAAAGAUGCAAGCAUGGUUCAUAACAGAGCUGCAGAAAAAAGUGUGGGGAAUCGCAAAGCUAAAGCGGAAGUCCCCUCCGAUCCUUUUACAAGUGCAAGUAUCCCAAUUUCUGAAAUUCCAUCUCUUCCUUCCCUAGUACCUGAGCCUGUAAAGAUACAGCAGCCCAUCCCCGAAGAUCAGAAGCUUGAACUUUUCCAGUGGAUGUUGGAGGAGAAAAGAAAAAUCAAACCCAAGGAUCGUCAAGAGCAGAAACAAAUUGAUGAAGAGAAGACAAUUCUCAAACAGUUUAUUCGAGCAAAAUCUGUUCCAAGUCUUUAGUUGAUGCUUCUCUUCAGCCAAUAUCUGUUAUAGAUAACCUGUGACAACUUACAAGGGACCAGCUCCCGGAUUUAGCUGCUCCAUUGUGGGAUUCAUUUUGAACUUCCAGUUAGAUGUAAGUGGCUAGGCUAUAGCUACUGAUCAAAAUACUGAUUAUGAUACCAAUUUUUCCUCUAUAAAAACUAAUUUCUACUUUUUCAUUGAAAGCAAACCAAGUCCUGCUGAACUAAAGAUCUCUUCAGCCAGACCAAUUGGUUUUGCUACAUUAGAUAACAAAGCUAUGUUGAAUGAAAAGUCAUAAUUCCUCCAAAUUAGACUCUGAUAAAAGAUAAACAUUUUUCCAGGCAAAAUGUGGCCUUUCUAUUGAAAAGUCAUGUUGCCCUACAUUAUAUUGAUAAAAGACAGAUAAUGUGUAGGGCAAAAUAUGGCCUUCCAUGAAAGCCAAGGUUUGUCGUUUAGGAAUACUUUUGGUUGAUGCCCACAAAAUACAUUUUCACAAUUUAUGCUAUAUAUAAUUAAUUAUAUGUAUUACCCUAGGAUUAUGUAAGUUUGACAUGUACCUUACCUCAAUUCAUACAAACUUAUGUUUGGGGACUGAGAUCGUGUACAAUAACUCUAAUCUUGGCCGUUCAUUUUAAAUGGACGGCCAAAAAUUUCUCAUGUCAUCUACCAUUUAUCUCAUUUUCGGCCACUUCUUUGCUCACUGCCGCCUCUCGCUCUGUUCUUCUCCCACCUUAUCACCUUUAUUGAGCUUCUAUCUUGCUACUUUCCUCAUCAUUAUCCUAUU